AUGCGCGGUUCCAAGGUGAAGGCAGCCGCAGCAGCCGUCACCUAUGCGGAUCGUCCGGUGCUGGGCGGAACGGGGAUUUCUGAUUCUUGCAGCAUCAUGAUCGACCCCCGAAUAGAAAACCAGUUCAGGGUUUCCCCUCAAGCCCCUCAUCUUCAGCUGGCCAUUUCUCGUCGUCUCAUUGCUCCAACGCUGGGGAGCCAGAAGAAGCAAGAAGCGAGGGAGAUCCCACGGGAUCGCCAUACCCAAGGCGAUCCCGCACCACGGUUGAACCAAGAAAGAGCCCCAAAAACCGUCGACUCUCCCAAUGCGACGGGCGGGUGGACGGUUGACGUUGUAUUCGCAUGGGGGGGCCUGUACCGCAGGGGUCCUCCCUCGGAUGAGAUCCGCCCCUCCCCCUCUGAAGGAACCAAUCAAAAGAAGUUCCCAGCACGUCCCGCAACGUCUUCUUCUCCUUUCGGCGCUCUUACUCGCCUCUCCAGCCUCUCAUUGGCCUCUCGGUCGCCGCACCUCCAUCUGUUCCUCCCGGGCCUCCUCCCCAAGACGGCCAUCACUUCCUUCUCUGAAAGCCCGUUCAUCCCCUCGGCUGUCAGUGUCAACUCAUCAUCAAGCCCGCUCCAGUAG